AUGCCUUCUACUCUACCUCACAAAUAUCACGACGAAAUUGUCGAAAACGGAUACACCGUUAUCAAACAACUCCUUUCUCGGGAUGAGAUCGAGAAAUUCUUGAAAUUGUCUCGCGAGGAAAUCGGUAAGGCUAGAAAUGGUGACUGGCCAUUUGUCAGGUUUAACGGUAAGCAAUUUCCACCUUGGGAUAAGCCAGAAGAUGAGCCGGAUAUCUGGGGAGUCACCCAUUUGAUGCAUCCAAAGUGGGGCUCUGUUGGUAAGCAAUUCCAAGAAUUGUAUACGGAUGAGAAAGUUCUAAAUGUAGUUAAAGAUAUUCUUCAGACAGAAGAUCUCAAUAUGGAAUUGUUUAAUAUGCUUAUCAAUCCCACCAAGAAGGAUUUCGAUCUUCGUUGGCACAGAGACGAUGUGGAAAAUAGUGCCAGCGAUGAGAAGGAGAUGGAAAUACUGGAGAGAUGUGCAUUUUCCGGGGCUCAGUUUAAUCUUGCUUUGAAGGAUGAUGUUAACCUUAUAGUUGUUCCUAAGUCACACGCCAGACCAAGAACAGCUGAGGAGAGACAAAAAUUGAAAUUCGAGCCAAUCACUGGUCAAUUAGUGGUUCAUCUAGAGCCAGGAGAUUGUGCUUUUUACAAUCCUAACAUACUCCACAGGGCCACCUAUUCUACCAAGAGAGAAAGGGUCACCUUACAUGGCUCCUACGGUAAUUACAAAAAUGGAAAGAAUAGAGCAAGACUCGUUCUUCAGCACGGCGUUGCUGACUGGUUGGAUCAGUUUGAGCCUACUAACAAUGAGAUCAAUAUCAUGGCCGAUAGGUUAAAGCAAGUUUCUGAGCAAAUGAAGGGUAAGGAUCUUGGAUAUUCCUUGGAAGGUUAG